AUGUCUGGUCUUUCCGUCCAGCUCGAGACGCCGCACUCCGGCAAGUACACCCAGCCAACCGGCCUGUAAGUCAAUCGACUCCAACGCAACCACACAGCACACUCAACGCCGGGCACGGGCGCUGACAGCCACUCCAGCUUCAUCAACAACGAGUGGGUCAAGGCCGUCGACGGCAAGACCUUCGAGGUCAUCAACCCCUCCGACGAGUCCGUCACCUGCUCCGUCCAGGAGGCCACCGAGAAGGAUGUCGACAUCGCCGUAGCCGCCGCCCGCAAGGCCUUCGAGGGCCCGUGGAGGAAGGAGACGCCCGAGAACCGUGGCAAGCUGCUCAACCGCCUCGCCCAGCUCUUCGAGGAGAACCUCGACCUGCUGGCCGCCGUGGAGGCGUUGGACAACGGCAAGGCCGUCUCCAUGGCCAAGGUCGACAUUGGCAUGUCCGCCGGCUGCUUGCGAUACUACGGCGGCUGGGCCGACAAGAUCGAGGGCAAGGUCGUCGACACCACCCCCGACACCUUCAACUACAUCAAGAAGGAGCCCGUCGGUGUCUGCGCGCAGAUCAUCCCAUGGAACUUCCCCCUGCUCAUGUGGGCAUGGAAGAUUGGCCCGGCCAUCGCUGCCGGCUGCACCGUCAUCAUCAAGACGGCUGAGCAGACGCCUCUGGGUGGUCUCGUUGCCGCCAACCUCAUCAAGGAGGCCGGUUUCCCCCCAGGUGUCGUCAACGUCAUCUCUGGUUUCGGCAAGGUCGCCGGUGCCGCCAUGGCCUCGCACAUGGACGUCGACAAGGUCGCCUUCACCGGCUCCACCGUCACCGGCCGAACCAUCCUCAAGGCUGCCGCCGGCUCCAACCUGAAGAAGGUCACCCUCGAGCUUGGUGGAAAGAGCCCCAACAUCGUCUUUGACGACGCCGACAUCGACAACGCCAUCUCGUGGGUCAACUUCGGUAUCUUCUUCAACCACGGCCAGUGCUGCUGUGCUGGUUCGCGUAUCUACGUCCAGGAGGGCAUCUACGACAAGUUCAUCCAGCGCUUCAAGGAGCGAGCACAGAAGAACGUCGUCGGUGACCCCUUCGCCAAGGACACCUUCCAGGGCCCACAGGUCUCGCAGUUGCAAUUUGACCGCAUCAUGGGGUAAGUCAUGUCGUCCUGUUCCCUUCGUCAGCCUCAUCCAUUCUGACUCUUCCUCGCAGCUACAUCAAGGCCGGAAAGGACGCCGGUGCCACCGUCGAGAUUGGUGGCAACCGCAAGGGCGACAAGGGCUACUUCAUCGAGCCAACCAUCUUCUCCAACGUCACCGAGGACAUGAAGAUCAUGCAAGAAGAGAUCUUCGGCCCCGUCUGCUCCAUCUCCAAGUUCAAGACCAAGGAGGAGGUCAUCAAGAUCGGUAACUCGACCACUUACGGUCUCGCCGCUGCUGUCCACACCAGGAACCUCAACACCGCCAUCGAGGUUUCAAAUGCCCUCAAGGCCGGUACCGUCUGGGUCAACACCUACAACACCCUGCACCACCAGCUUCCCUUUGGUGGCUACAAGGAGUCGGGUAUCGGACGUGAGCUCGGAGAGGAUGCGCUUGCGAACUACACGCAGACCAAGACUGUGUCGAUCAGACUUGGUGAUGCGCUCUUCGGUUAA